AUGUCUGUACUAAACUUGGAUACACUAGGGUCGGGCUAUAGGGCUGGUUAUUGGCAACAACUGGAUACUAGUAUGACAGUAUUAUUUGGGGUACUCUACUACGGACAGGGAUAUAAUUACUCCAACGUUGAUAAUAUCAAAGGGGCUCUUAAUAUGAUAUUAUCGAGAACUUCAAUGACCCAGGCAACGGUCGCACUCACUACAUUAAUAGGAGAAGAAGCCUUACUUUGUAGGGAACACCACAACCGUACGUACGCUAUGUUUCCAUAUAUAUUGGCGAUCUUUACUACCCAGGGACAGAGAUAG